AUGAGUAUGCGUUUUACCACGACCACCACCUCUCGUUCGGCGACGAAGACAAGUUGUUCACUUUUAAAAGGAACAAAAAAACAAUCAAAAUCAUCGUCGUCGUCGUCUCGCGUGUCGUCGUCGUCACCAAAAUCAUCAACGAGAAGAAGAAUAAAAUGCUUUGCUGGCAAAAACGAAGAAGAAGAAGAGAAGAAAAAGACUCGCGACGACGAAACGAAGAAUACCACGAUGGCGAAAAAAAUCGUCUCCCUUUCGACGGCGUUGGGCGUGUCGCUGACGAUGACGACGAUGCCAUUGGUGGGUGAUGAUGUCGCGCAAGCGUACGAAUAUAAUCAAAAUCAAAUAUCUCAACUCGCUGGGUUACAAGCGAACCCGGUGACGAACGCACGCGCGUUGUUAAGAAACUCACUCCCGAUCGAUUGCAAAGAAAUUCGCCAGAUACAAAAAGCGUUGGAAUCGAUUUCGGACGAUUUGAGAGUCCCGGGGGUGAAAUUUUCCGGCGUCGAGGAAAGCGUCAACAAGUCUUUGAAAAUCGUCAAGAACGACGCGAACAAAAUAGUGGACAAAACGGCCUCGGCGAAGAAAGACCAGGUGAGACAGUACUUGAAAGAUUUAGGGACAGAAUUGCAAGAUUUCCAAACGAUUGUCGCGAACAAAGAUAAGCAAGAGGUGCCAGUCGCGCAGCAAAAGUGUUUGAGUUUGGUGACGAAGAUUGAGGAGGCGUUGGUGAACGAGUUUCCGUACCAAGUGCCGGCGCCGUACGACACGACGUUGCCGAGAUUAGAAGGUCGAGCGACGGUUGAAAUGGAGGUGAAAAUUAAAGACAACGCGGUGACUCCGGGGGGUAAGCUCACGAUCGUCUUGGACGGGUACAACGCGCCCGUAUCGGCUGGGAACUUUACGGAUUUGAUUCAGAAGAAAUUUUACGACGGGAUGAAAAUCCAAAGAUCGGACGGUUUCGUCGUCCAAUCCGGGAAACCAGAAAAUGCGCCAAAAGGCGUGGAUGGCUACAUCGAUCCAGCCACGGGCAAAGAACGCUCCGUUCCGUUGGAGAUUAUGCCUGAAAGUUCGUUCAUGAAGAAAAAAGCGCCGGAAUACGAUUUCACGUUUGAGGAAAACGGCAUGUACCGCGAACAACCAGUCUUACCGUUCAACGCUUUUGGCACGUUAGCCAUGGCCAGAAGAGAAGCCGAUAACAACUCCGCGAGCUCUCAGUUCUUCUUUUUGUUGAGAGAAUCGGAGUUGACCCCGUCUGGUACGAACAUUUUAGACGGAAGAUACUCCAUCUUUGGUUACGUCGUCGAUAACCAAGAGUUGUUGAGAGACAUGAAGGUUGACGACGAAAUCGUCAGCAUGAAAAUCGUCAGAGGCGCAGAAAACUUGGUCAAGAACGAACGCGCGGCACCGACGCCGACCACCCAAGAAGAACAAGCGCCCGCUUCCGAGUAA